AUGCACCUUGAGCGAAAACCUUUUGUCGAUGAUGCCAUCUAUGGAUUCACCGCUGACAAGAGACCUUGGUUGAUUCUAGACACAGAAAUUGAUUUCACGACCUACAUGGCUCAAGUCCGCGUGUUCAUCGGGGGCGAGACAGAGUAUAGCAAGAUCACAGGUCCCACGGGUCCUCUCGUCUACCCAGCCCUCCAUGUCUACAUCUAUACCGUCCUCUUCGACCUCACCGACGAAGGCACCAAUAUCCUCCGCGCCCAGAUCAUAUUCGCUGCCCUGUAUCUACUCACCCUAGCGGUUGUGCUUGCGUGUUACCGACGGGUUGGAGCCCCGCCGUGGCUCCUACUCCCUUUGGCACUCAGUAAGAGAAUGCAUUCAAUCUUCUUGCUGAGGCUGUUCAAUGACUGUUGGGCCACGCUGGCGUUCUGGGCGGCGGUAUAUCUGCUGCAAUGUCGGAAAUGGGAGAGUGGCUCAUUGGUGUGGGGACUGGGCUUAGGGGUGAAGAUGACAAUCCUUUUGGCUGCGCCCGCCAUCGGAGCAGUCGUUCUGCAAGGCCAUGGCACAAGAGAUGGGAUCUUUUGUGGUCUUUUCGUCCUGGUCCUUCAUCUUGUCAUUGCCAUGCCCUUCCUCGAUCGGGAAGCUGGGCUUCAAUAUUUCCAGCGCGCCUUCGAUUUCGGAAGACAGUUUCUCUUCAAGUGGACCGUUAACUGGAGGUGUGUAGGUGAAGAAGUGUUUUUGUCUCGCGGUUUCGCCGUCGGUCUCCUGGUCAUCCACGUCUCCCUGCUUCUUGUCUUUUUCCAGACCAAGUGGGUGAAACCCAGUUCUUCGAAUUUGCUGGAGUUCCUGAGGAAGUAUACCAGCUCGAUGCGGUACGUGGAGGAGCUUCGAGUCUCGAGGAAAAUCACGCCCACUUUUGUCAUGGACACAAUGCUGGGAAGUAUGGUCAUCGGGAUGUUAUGUGCCCGAAGCUUGCAUUACCAGUUCUAUGCAUAUCUCGGCUGGGCAACCCCAUAUCUUCUGUGGCGAGCAGGAGGAGGUCCAUUGUGGGUUUUCGUUAACUGGGCGGUCCAGGAAUAUUGUUGCGGUACAAGUGACUUGUGCACUGAUCGCAACGCCAGAUAG